AUGAAUUUCAAAACUAUAUUCUAUUGUCUAUUCGUUGUACUACAUAUAACUGAUGCCCUUCCAGUCAACUUUAGUUCUGAUCAAUUGAACAUUGAUUGGUUAAUUAACAGUAAUAAAAUCGCUCUUGGUUAUAACCCAUCACGUGGAAAUCCAAUAUGUUAUUCAGGGGAUUGUGUUAUGAAAGGAUUUGGUGCUCCUGUAUUCAAAUUGCAAUAUACUAAACGUCCAAUUGGCUCUUGUUUAGAAAAACUUUUACCUGAACAUAUCGAAGUUACUUGUAUACCAGCAUCUGAAGUAAAUGCAAAAACUGAAAAGAUCAGUACAUUUUAUGAAUAUAAAGAAAGUUACAGUAAAAGUGAAAGUUCAGGUGUAAAUUUAGGAAUAGUCAAUUUUGGUUCAUCCGAUGAGACAUCAUGGAUGUUGGAUAAUAUUUAUAAAUACAAUUAUACAAUGUAUUAUACAUAUGUAAGAAUGUCAUUUGUAAAAUUAAUGCUUUUUGCACCUCGUUUGGAUUUAACGGAAGAAUUUCAAGCUGUUAUUGCUGCUAUGCCAUGUUGCCAUAUUGGAUGUGAAACAACCGAAUCAUAUAUUCAAAAAUCAAUUUUCGAUCAGUUUGGAUAUACUUAUCUCAAUGAAAUUCUCCUUGGUGGAGUAGCACAGCAAUUAAUUACAAUCAAUAGUUCUGAUAUCGAAAAAAUCUAUGAAGAAGGUCAUAACAGUGCAAGUCAAGCAGGAGUUUCAUUUGGUAUUUCUUUUGGAAUGACGGAGAGUGAAUCUCAUAACAAAGGAAAUCAUACUAAAUUUAUGAAAUAUGUUCAGAAUGUUUAUGCAUCAACGGCAGGUGGUCAACCAUUCGAUAAUUCAAUACAAAAUGAAACAGUAAAAACGAUGCCAUUGAAUGAAUGGUUUACGACUGUACCUAACAAUCCAGUAAUCACUCAAAUGAGAAUGACAAAAUUAUCAGAAUUACUUACCAAAGAAAGAUUUCCAAACGAUACUCAGAUUGAAGACAAGGCACGACUUAUAGAAUUAGUAUGGGCUAAAUAUGAUGGAAAUCAGGCACUUGCUAAAUGUGUGAAUGAUUGUACGAGUCCAUGUCAUGGAAGAUGUGUCUCUACAGGUUACUUCCAGUUUGGUUUGUGUGUCUGUCAGGCUGGCUUUACUGGACAUGAUUGUUCGAUAAGACUUUUCUAA